AGCGAGGUGGUCGGGAAGGGUAAGAGGGGGUUGAGGAGAUAAAGGACUGAAUCGGCCUGAGUCGGGGCUACUGAUCCUUUGCUCAGUUUUCUCCGGCGCCGACAUGAAGGCCGACAGGAAUGUGCUGCGGCUGGCCGCCGUGCAGCAACUUCGAACUUACGGCAUCAAAGUGAAAAACUGGAACAGGAUCAACGGCAACAACCGGGCACAAGGCCGGGAUCACGGCCGGGACAAGACUAUCAUAUGCAAUGCAGUGUUUGGCACCCCUCUGCAUGUUCUGCCACAAAGCACUGUCGUUGAACAUGCCACCAUUCCUCAAUUUCUAGUUGAUGCUUGUAACUAUUUAGAAAAGCAUAUUCACACAGAAGGGCUCUUCAGAAAAUCAGGAUCAGUGAUUCGCCUUAAAGCUUUAAAGGCUAAAGUGGAUCAAGGUGAAAAAUGUAUUACUAUGGCUCCCCCUUGUGAUGUGGCAGGGCUGGUGAAACAGUUUUUCAGGGAGCUACCUGAGCCUGUGCUCCCAAGGGAAUUGCAUGAAGCCUUCUUCAAAGCACAGCAACUGCAAAAUGAUGAAAGCAUUUCUGCCACAAUUCUUCUAUCUUGUUUGCUGCCUGAGAGAACUGCAGAUACACUGCGCUACUUCCUGACAUUUCUUAAUAAUGUGUCACUUAGGUCAGAAGAGAACAAAAUGGAUGCCAGUAAUCUUGCUGUAGUAUUUGCACCAAAUUUGUUUCAUUCUGGUGAAGGAAAUGAAAAGUCAACUGCAAUAACAGAGAGACGGCUCCAGCUUCAAGCUGCAACUGUGCAUAAACUAAUUGAAAAUUGUGAACAAAUUGGCCGUGUUCCAGAGUUUGUUUUGGAAAAAGUUCCAGGAAUGAUUGGUGUUUCUGGAGAAUCUACCACUCCUUCAUUAGAACAUUUGGAGGAUGUCAAUGGCUCAACAGUAGAGGGUUGCAAGAGGCGAAGGCGACGUAGUGUUGGAGAUAUAGUUAGCGGGGCAUUAAGUAAACUUAAAGCAAAUCGAACACCUUCUGCUACUCCUCAACUUGACUUAUCUGCAACAUCUUCAGGAACUCCAAUAAUGACAACUCCAACAUGGAAACGGAAAAUGCUAGCAGAUUCUUCACAGAGCCUUGGGUUUUCAAACAAAAAGCGGCGUUCGAUAAGACAUAAUAUAGCUAUGGAACUGUUGCCCAGCAGUUUUCUCAGUCAGAAUUCUACACCAUCGUCAGAUGGCAUCAAGAAGGAUGAUGGUAGUCCUCAAGUGUCUCUAGAAUCAUUACAAGGUCCUCUGUCCUUCUCUGCUGGAAGUGUUAUGCUUCAGUCAACUACAUCAAUAAAUCGACGGAAAAGUAAACGGCUAGAAAACAAAGUGGAGAGGAUGGAAUCUGGAAAAGCUAGUUGCUUUUCUCCCAAGCUUAGCCGAAAAAGAAUGGUCCGCAAGUCCUUACGUUUAAGAUUUAGCCUUGGAAAAAACAAAGACUUAAAUACUUUAUCCUCUAGAGGCCCAGCUCCAAAUGGAUCAGAAAAUAUUGGUUGGCGUCUUGCAAAUCAGUGUGAUGUUCACGACUACAGAUGGUUCUCAGCAGAAGAUCUCCCAUCAACCCCAGUCAUAAAACACAGAGAUACAAGAGACUUAAAGUGCAUUAGUAAAUCCGAAGAAAAUCUUCUCUCUCCGUGCAAUAAAGAUAUCCAUCGAAUGUCUUGGAAUGGUGCCAGUCCCACUGGGUCCCAAGUAAUUUGUAGCCAUCCUGAUGUGGGAGCCCCGUUAGAGUGUUACCUAAAUUCCAGAACUUCUCAAUCAGAACCUGCGCUAGUCAUUGGGAAACCACCCACCAUACCAGGAGAUUUCCGGAACCAGUGCGCAGUUCACAAAAGUGACAGCCGAAAGAGCAGAACUUCUGAAAGUGAAGAUGCAAACAUUGUGACUGGAGAAACAGUAUUGAAAAUUGAAAGGGCAUUUUCUGAAUCUGGUAGUGACCUGGGUUCACUUGCUGGAGACCGUCAACCUUCCACUGUGAAAAACCUGUGUAACAAUGACUUGCUUCUCCAACAGACUAAAAAUGUGGCUGCCCCUCUGAAGCCUGAUAGUACAUAUGAAGAUGCAUCAGAUUCAAAAUGUUCAUGUCCUGAAUUGCCAGCCAAACCUGUUUCUGAAAUAAAACUUCAAAAUCUCAAAAUAGAUUCCAGCUCAACUGAUAUGAACAUGACAUUUAGCAUGAGCAGUAAUCUAAACUGCAUUAAUAUUUUAGAUCAGCAAGACACGUGUGAAACUGCAGUCCUAAAAGAGAAAAGCACGUGUUUUCCUUCUCUAGAUGAUCACAGUGGUGUAAACAAAACCCAGCCACUAUUUAAAUCUGUUGCAGUAUUUUCAUUUACAGCACAGUCAUCUGCUGAUAAGAUGCCAUUGAAUUAUGAAGUGUUGAAAGAGCAAGUUGAAAAUGGUAUUUCUGCAGAAAAUUUAAACGUGCCACAUUCUACAGACACAUUAGUUGAUAGUAAUCAUCCCUCUGAAUUGCACCAGUCUUUGCACUUGCCUAACGAAUUAGAACCUACUUUGACUAAAAGUGGUAGCAAUUUACUGGCUACAGAUGGAACUCCGGCUUUGGAAUUCCCUUCGAAGAGGCUUACUUUGGAUGCCCCUUUGAGGAAAGUUUCAGAACAAGUUCUGAAGACCUCUGAAUGUGGUCAUCGCAAAGUGAUUGAACAUAUUCAGUGGUUCAAUAGUCUUUCAUUAAAUGACCAGACUCCAAAAUACAAAACUGUUCAACCACCUUUAUCAUUCAAACAUACUCCUGUUCGACACUCUAUUAGGAGGAUGAAUUCAUUAUUGUAUGGAAAUGACAAAUCAAUAGUGACUAGGACCCGAUCAUGUAAAACUGCAGUUGGCUCUCCAUUAGUUAAAUCAGUAAGUCAUGAAAGUGUUCUGCCGUUUAAUUCAAAUUCAUCUUCAUUUGUGCAAAAUGCAAAUGUUAAGCAAAGUAAACAAAGUGAUGUGCAUCAAAAUAAUUUGUCUGUUGAAGGAUUUUGCAAAACCAAAGCAGCCAGCCAAACACAACAUUCUGUAGUUUUUAAACAAGAUCGCUUAGCUAGUCAGCAGAAGAAUUCUUUAGAUCGGAGUAUUAACCAGUCAGUUUUUGGAGAUUUGACUAAUGGAAACAUGUCAAGAAUGCAUCAAGUUGAAGGUGUACUGCCAAAGCGUAAUGUAGUUAUUGAGAAUAUGUCUUGUGUAACUCCAGAGAAAUCUAUCUGUAAUUCCAUGUUGCAUAAAGUUUCAGAAAAGGAAAGACAUCGUUACAGAGGUUCACCGAAGUGUCCAAUAUCAUCAGGAAAACUCACAACCAAACCUAUCGACCUAUAAAUAUUUAUCAUUAAUCUGUUAUCAUUCCACAUUGCUGCUGUUUUGAUGCAUCCAAUUGCACAAGUUGAGCUCUUAAAGUUGGCUUCAACUUUGAUAUUCAGGUUAUAAUUACUUGAAAUGCUGGAAUUUGAUUUUAAAAAAUUAAGUAACUAUUAACAAACGCAUAAGAACAAUUUUUGUACCUAUGCAUUUUUACUAGUAUCUAUUUGUGUGCUUUGCUGUAGUGUAGAUCAACUGUAGAAAGCUGUGUCCUGCUCUUUGCUUUGAGUGGUAUUAGGUAAUUUUUGUUUCAAUUCACUGCUGAGUAAGUCUCCAUUGAGUUCAUUAUCAUUAAACUGAGUGAAGAAUUGAAGAUGAAAGAAUUAAACGUCUGUUUGGCAGUUAAAUGUAAAGAUUUUAAAGUAAUCAAUGUAAAAUUUCACCUGCUUCCCAUGAGUGUCCGUGUUUAGAGCAGGUUGACUAUGCAGGCUAAUUUUAUUGUGUUUAUUCUAUUUAACAAGAUUUCUCACUGUACAUUGAAAUCACUUCCUCUAUCAGAAAUUCCCAUUAAGCACCUUUAGUUGUUUUACGGUUUUAUACAGUAUGUUGUACUGUAGUUUUAUAUUUUAAAAUUAACAGGAAUGUUUUGGCUGUACUCUCUACUUUUAUUAUGAA